UUGCAUCACACUAUUAUAAAACUACUGUGACAAUUAUAUGCAGUUUAUACAGUUGUGGUCUAACUAGAAAAUUAUAUGUUUUAUUUACGUGUAGAUAUAUCAAUUAGAAGUGGUCUUUCAUUACUUCUAAAAUGCAUGUGUUCGAAGUCGCAGGCGAUAAUUUGUUAUAAAUAGAAAAUGAAUUGUGAAGUGUGUGGGAUAGUAGAUGAACAUUACAAUGAAAAUUCUGAGUGUGCUCACGAAGUUACUCCAAAACACAUUAGCAAUGUAAUUCUUGCUAAUUACAAAAAUAACAAGGGAUUCUAUUCUGGAAACAGAGAUGGAAUCAUAGUACUAUGUGAUGUUCGUAGUGAGCCACUAGACGGCGCUGAGGUCGUCACGAUUGAAAAUUCUAAUAAAAGAAAAGUUAGGGUUAAUGUAAAGCCCAGACAGCAAGUUGUAUUUUCAUUCAAUAUUUCUAAUGAUAUGAGAAAUGAAAAUGUAUUUUUUGUGGGGGUUUUGCUGGCUCACCCCCAACAUCAGUUUCAAAUGGAUGAUCAUCCUUAUGUAUUUGGUCAAGAUCCAUAUGUUUUGGAAAAGAAAACAUCACUUAAGGGAAAAGUGGUAGUUCGUUUUGAAUCAACAGAUAUUGGCUAUAAUGAAAUGCCAAUAAUAUUUACCUUCCAAAAGGAAAAUGAUGAGAAGAGUUUGAUUAUUCUUCGAGAAUUGGUGGUCUCGGUGGAGGAAAAUCCAUCUAAUAAAAACGAAUUUAGCAAAAGUCACUACACAAGUGAGCAUUGGGGCAAAGCUGAUCACUACAUUAAGUCACCAUCACGUGUGACUCUUGAUGAUACUUAUAAAGUUCCGAAAUUAUUAAAAAUCUUGUUGCCCCGCGGUCUCGAGGAAGACGCUUUGGAUGGUUUGCAAAUGCCACCAGAUGAAAUGGACAAAUUAAAACAGGUGCUCAUAUAUACGAGGUCAAUAUUCGUAGAAGGUAUAACGCAAGAAAAUUACAUGAUAUAUUUUCAUCAUUUACUGUGGUGGGAAGAGGUCAUUGCCCGAAUUAAUCUUAAGAAUUACAAUAUGGCUAAAGUGAAAUUGCAAAAAAUGCCUAACGAUAAUGGAUACCUCCUUGAAGUUGAAGGGUUAGCUGAAAAACGUCCAUCUGUGUUGCGUGGAGAUAAAAUUUUAAUCCGCCCUAGUGAGGAUCAGAACAUUAUAUAUGAAAGUUUUGUUAAGAAUAUAAUGGAUUGUCAGAUACAAUUAACAGAUAUUGAUGAAAGUUUCAACAACCUCUACAAUGAAGACAGUUUGUUCGACGUGCACUUCAUUAUGUCUCGUGUACCGAUGGAGCGCAUGCACAACGCAAUCUCGAAGGUGUUUACCAGCAAUCAAAACAGCCGGGUGUUCCCCGUGCCGAGCAAGAAACAAGUGGCGCUCAAGAUGAUCCCACAAUAUUAUAAUAAAUUAAUACAAAAGAACGAAGAACAGCGAUCAGCGGUGCAGCACAUCGUGUCCGGAACGUCGGGUCGAGCUCCUUACAUGGUGUUCGGUCCGCCGGGGACGGGCAAGACGAUGACCAUUGUAGAAGCUAUAGUGCAGUUAGUGGUGAUGAACGCACGUCAUCGUAUCAUGGUAUGCACGGACUCGAACAUGGCGGCCGAUCACAUCGCAGUGAUGCUGUUACAAUACAAUAAAAAAUUAAAUAUUGCCAACUUUAUUUUCCGCGCCAACUCUCAGACCAGGGAAUGGAACGUGAUGCCGCCGGUCCUGGCGCCGAUAUCGAACGGCACUUCCUACGAGAACUUCUACUCAUUAAGCAACGUCCAAGCGGCCAAUUACAGGAUAUUGGUAACGACACUAUCACAUGCUGCUAAAUAUGCCUCGCCAAGAAGUCAAGCAGGACAUAAACUUCAAAUGACACAUUUAUUUAUUGAUGAAGCGGCACAGGCGUCCGAGCCCGCCACGUUGAUCCCGAUAUGUGGCCUGCUAUCACCCUCGGGCCGGGUGGUACUCGCAGGGGACCCUAAGCAACUCGGACCCGUGUGCAUAUCACAUGAAGCGAGACGGAGAGGAUUAGGAACAUCUCUAAUGGAGCGUCUAAAAGUGUCGUAUGACAACAUUUAUAACGACAACCCGAACUUCAUAACGAUGCUUGUCAAGAACUUCCGUUCCGAUCCGGAUAUACUGAAAAUACCUAACUACUUAUUCUACGAAGACAACUUACAGUACCUUGCAAAUCCGGAUCCCUUGAGUGAACUCAGCAUAUUAGGGCUUCCUGGAGGUGACAAAGCUGUCGUCUUUCACGCGAUUGCAUCCCAGGAGCUCAGAGUAGGGAAAGCUCCCAGUUACUUCAAUGAAAUGGAACUGAAAAUGCUUCAGAGGUACAUAAAAGCCCUUGUCAGUAACCACAAUGUGUCGCUGAAGGACAUCGGAAUUAUUACACCAUAUAUAAGACAGGUGUACAAGAUGAGGAGUUGGUUGGACAGCGAGAAAUAUGAUGAUAUAGAAGUGGGCACAGUGGAGGCAUUUCAGGGGAAGGAGAAGAGAGUAAUAUUGGUUUCGACCGUGAGGGCUAACUCCAAACUCUUGGAUUACGAUGCCAAAUAUAGUCUUGGAUUCUUAGUGGACGACAAAAGAUUCAAUGUAGCGUUGACGAGAGCGAAGGCAAAGAUAAUAAUUAUAGGCAAUCCGGCUUGUUUGGAGAGGGACGUCAAGUGGCGAAUGUAUAUGCAAUUAUGUGAUGAUUACAAUUGCUACCACGGCAAGGAUACGAGACAGGUGCCCAGAAAUAUCGCCCUUCAUUUGGAUGUACAAAGGCGUCUUAAAUCUACUCGCAUCACAGAAGAUUUCCAGAUUAAAGAAAAAGCAAAAACCACAAGAAAGGGACGCAAGUAACCAAUUUAAUACCAUUCUAUUUUUAACCUUUUAAAGUUCAAUCUAAGAGUUCAAUAUUAAUUACGUCUACCUUGAUCGAUUGUAUGUAAUUAAGGUAGAUGUUAAGUUUACAUAUCUUUUAUUAUGGUUAGAGAUUAUUAAGGGUUUUAUUUUUAUGUUAAUUGUGUCCAUUCUAAGUAUUAUAUCAAUAUCAUAUUUUAGUCUUUAUAGAAGAUAUGCCAUUUAUUAUUUAUCCAUAAAAAUUAAUAUUUAAUACAGUUUUUAGUUAGAAAUACUAAAUAAUAAAUAUUGAAUAUAAGAAAGUGCCUUAAAAAUAUUGUAAUAUUCUUAUAGCUGGUCUUUUAUAAAAUGUGAUAAUCUACAAUAUUUUUAAAUUUGGAAAUUCUAGAUAAGCAAUUUCGUAAAAUAAUUUUGUUAUAAUGAAAAACAAUUAUAGGUUUAAUAACUUUUGAAAAAUUUAUAAAAUAGGAGACGCAAAGUCUAUAUACUGAUACAAUGUGAUAAGUACUUAUAUAUAUAUAUAUAUAUAUAAGCAGUUUAAAAUUCUUUUGUAAUAUGGUAAUUAUUUUUUAAAAUUACUUCAAAACUGUGAUUUUAUAAUGCGCGGCGUGUGCGCGUGUUAUACCAGUGCUGUGAUCUUUUGAUGUAAACUCUGUUAUAGUCUUUGUGACAUAUUUCAAAAUUUGUAAGAUUAUUAUAUUUUAUCAAGAAACUCAGUAGUGGUAAUUGAGUUUUUUGAUAAAAAAAAAUCUCAAACAUGUAUUUGUUCUAUUGAUAACUUCUUUGAUGUAUGUUCCUUUUUCUUGUAUAUGUAUACUUUUAUUUCUUUUCUUUUUUGCGUAUGUAUCUAUAUCUAUUAUAUAUUAUCUAUCUAUGAUAAUUGAUUUUGUAAAUUUAAGAGUUUAUAAAUUGUUCAGUUUUAUAGAAUAAGACGAAUUCUUAAUUCUGUAGGUUUGAAUCAUUAUAAUACUAUUACAAAAUAUAACAAGUACUCAGAAAAAUUAAUUCAACAUUAUUAUAAAGAUUUUGCAUUUAAAGACGAAAUUGUUGAAUACACUGAACAGAAUGUCUUAUUUUUAAAACAACUGUAUAUUUUUUAUUUUGAAAUCUAUUCUUUAUCAGGAUUAUGCCCGAAAGAGAUGCUCUCUGAUUUUGAUGUUACCAUUUGACAUGUUCAUUUAUUGUUAUUUUUAAAAUUACCAUUUUCUAUUUUAUAAUUGGCUAACGGUAUUAAUAUGGAACUUAAUAUUUGUUAGUUUUAUUUUAAUCUAAUUGAUUUUGUCCCAUAGCCUACUAUAGCAUACUAUAUUUUUUCUUAUCCACUAUCAAGUUAAUAAAUUAGUCUUAAAGCGUUCAAAGUUCAAAAUGUUUACAUUACAAUUUUUUUAAAGUCUCAGAUCUUAAUAUAUAAAAUUCCGUGUCACGAUGUUAAUUAACGCUAAUCUCUAAAACAGUUCGACCGAUUUUAAUGUGUUUGCACCAACUUGAGAUUAAAUUGAAAUUUGUUAUUCUGAUAAAAAGAAAGGACCUGGUAAAUGGCAAGAUAGUAUUUGCAAAGUCAACUAGUAUUUAAUAAAUAGUCUCAAAAGGUGAAAGUGUCAUAAUAUUAUUAUGCUACUUAUCCCCGUUACUAAACAAAAGGGAUGUGUUUUUUUUUUAAAUAGAUAUAAUACUGUAAUGUAAUCUUCGCCUGCGGUAUCUACAUGCGCUGGUCCCGCCAGUAAGGGAUGAUAGGCGAGAAUGAGAUUAGUAUAGUUGGCUCAUCUUACAAAUUCACUUAGAAUUAAACAUGAUGGUUUCUUGGGGAAACUGUGUGAAGGUCAACAUGACAGGAUACACCACUUGCAAUGGGGAUUUACGUCCCCAUUAAUAACAGUCCAUUAAUGAUAAUAAUGAGCCUCAUGUGUUGAGAUUUGUAUAUUCGGGGACUAAACGACGAACUUCUUGGGCCCAUGUAUUUUUCUACUACUGUUUAUAAUUCUACCAUUUCUUACUCGUAUUUCAUUAUUUCAUGACGCAUUUAAUGUACGUUAUUCAUUUAUCUUAUUAAACUUUUCAAUGUAUAUGUAAUGUAAGAUUAUUGUGUUACGAAAAAAUGCGCUGACCACAUUGAUGAAAAGUACACUCGACUACAAAAAAUAUAGUUGAAUACUCCUACACUCACAGAAUAUCACAGAAUAGAUGUGUAUUUUACCAAAGGGAGACUUUGUACAAAAGUCGUUUGCUUGAGUACCUCUGUCCCCUUAGUGUUUCUACCGUGAAGCAGUUGUUUGCAUGGCUGUGUUUCGGUUUGAAGGUACAGAGGAAUAACACCUGAGUCCUCAGGAAUGACAACGCAUGGGGGGUAUCAUGGGCGAAACAGUAUACUCUGUUAUGUCCAUGGUACUACUCAUGUCUAUAGGCGACGGUUACUACUUUUCAUCAGGUGGGCCGUCAGCUUGUUUGCCAUUCUAUAUUGUAUAAAAAAAAGGAAAUGUAUAUCCAGAAAAUAAGAUACUAAGUGAGCUGGGACAAAAAUCCUACUACAAGUACGCGAUGCAUAUAUAUAUCACCGUAAGAUUGUAAAUACCGUUAGAUUACAAUCUAUCUCGCGAGAUUGUAAACUGUCGAAAGAUUGUGAACCAUCGCAUACUGCUUACAAUUGGACGCAUUAUUUUUUGGUAGAUUGCAAUCUAUCGAAGUGAAAUCGUCAAGUUGUGAAAUGGCAUAAGACGGAACGCAUCUCGUGCGCUGAUUGGCUGAGCGUCAUGUACCCUGCCUUUGACGUGCAACAAUAAGUGAUUAUUGAUAUUAAUUGGUGCAAUUUACCUUUAUUAUAAUUUUUUUCUAAUAGAUUUUGUUACAUUUUUUUAUUUUUACAAUAUUUUAAUUUGUAUCUGAGGUUAAAAUAUUUUAUUGUAUCACAAGUGUUUCUUACAAUAUGAUGUCACAAUUAUUGAUUACCUACUAAUUAAUAAACAAAUACUUGAUGUUAAUUCUUCAAGUGCAUUUUUUUUAUUUACUCUCUUUCUUUAUUCCUAAUUCUAUGGACAAAUAACGCCCUACUGUAAGACCGACCAAUCAUACUUGACGAUUUAACGUGCGACAGAUUGUGUUUUAACAGUUUCACUUCGAUAGAUUAUAAUCUACCGAAAAAUAAUGCGUCAAAUUGUAAGCAGUAUGCGACGGUUCACAAUCUUUCGACAGUUUGCAAUCUCGCGAGAUAGAUUGUAAUCUAACGGUUUUUACAAUCAUAUGGUGACAUAUACAUAUAUAUGCCGCAUGUGAAUAAUCCGGUUUAUGCUGGUUUGUGCCGUACAUCAAAUCGAGGAUUACAAAAUUUCCAAAUGUAUCGUAUAUGUAUGUAUAUGUAUGUAUAGUGUGCAAGAAUAAUAAUAAAAUAAUUAAAAUA